AUGGUUCUAACGGUUACAUCCCCGUUGGUCAUCCGUGGUAGGCCAUGUCGAUGGCGCAUUAGUGGGUUCGCAGAGAAAGUGACCCGUUCCCAUAAGCAGAACGAUCGUGAUCACGCUGGUCUUGCCGACGGCACUGCCGACGAAGCUCAGCAUCUGCCCCGCUACUUCGCCAAGAGCGGCCACAUCGACUCCGAUCCCAAGAAGGUGAAGAAGGAGGGCGGUGGCAAAGGUAAUUGGGGCACGCCUGGGGACGAAUCCCAGGACUACGGAUACAACUUCACCAACGCUCGUCGCCGCUCCAAUUCCAGCUCUCAUAGUCAUCACAUCACCGAUUUCAAAACCAAAUUCGAGGCUGUCGAAGCCGACCCUGUCUUCGAAGAAGAAUUUCAUGGUCCCCAAGAGGAUGUUGACGAUGGUCAAAUGAGCCACCUCGAGAAGGGUGAAAGUGCCGAUAGCAUUAGCUCUGCUAGCGUCGAAGAGGAAGAAGCGGCGAAGAAGUAA